GUCUCACUUCAGCGGUAUUUCCAUGGUGCCCAUGAAGGACAACAGCCCCAUGCAAGAGGUCACCUGUGCUGUAUGUCAGGACCUGUUCAGUGACCUCCAUCCACUGCCGUGUGGACACGGCUUUUGCCCCACUUGUGCACGGGGUGCCUGGAAGAGGGCAGCAAGCGGGGACUUUCAAUGUCCACAGUGCCAGGGUGAGGGAGACCCAGUCCCAUGUGAUGCCUGCCCCAGCCAACAAGGGGCAGCAGCGAAGACUUGCCUGCGCUGUGAGGUGUCUCUGUGCAAUGAGCACCUGCAGCCCCACUUUGAGGGACCUGCCUUCCGCAACCACCUGCUAGUGGAGCCCCUGGCUGACCUGUCUGCCAGAAGGUGCCCCAAGCACCAGGAGAUGCUGCGCUUCUACUGCAUGGAUGAGUGUGCGUACAUCUGCGCAGACUGUGUCUUGGAGGGGACGCACACGCAGCACCAAGUCAAGGGGCUGAGGGUUAUAGAAGACAACCUCAAGGUGACCCUCCGGGACUUUCUUCGGAGAGCGGAGGAACGGCUGAAGGAGAGCAAGCGACUGCUGGAGGAGCAGGAAGCUUUGGAGUCCAUGCUUGCAGAAACUUCGACUGCUGACAGCAGGCAGCUGGAGAAACUGGGGGUGAAGCUCCAGGCCCAGGUGGUGAGCUUUUCAGAGGCCCUGAAGGAGUACGCUCAGCGGGGCAGGGAUGAGGCUCUGCUGCGGCUUCAGGAGAGCAGCACCAUGGUGGCAAGAGACUUGAUGGAGGCUGAAGAUAUCCACAGGGUCCUGGGCUCCUUGCUGCAGGAGAAGGACCCCUACCUUCUCAUCUGGGGGACCCAGUCAUGCACAGACACACCCGCUCACACUGAUAGUCUUCUACCAGACACUGUGUGUGUGGUUCUGGUGGUACCUUCACCUGCCAAGCUGAUUUGCUCUGGACGCAGGCUGCAGAAGGAGUUGGAUGCGCCCCUCUUCUCCCCGGCACCCAUCACGCUGGACAGAAAGCAGAUGCUGGAGGCCAUUGAGUGUAAAUAUCACCAGUUCAUUGCUGAGACGAUGAAGAGCCUGGUUGAGCUGAAGCACCAGUUCAUAAGCAGCCCACUGACCCUGGACACAAACUCUGCCCAUCCCCGCCUCAGCAUUUCCGACGACCUGCGCACUGCCAUGCGCGUGAGUGACCGUUUGCCCUGCAGCCCCCACCCGGACCGUUUCGACCACUGGUCCCAGGUCCUGACCACUCAAAGCUUCAGCUCAGGGCUCCACUAUUGGGAGGUGGAGGCAGAGGGCUCCUGGGACAUCGCCGUGGUGUAUGGCAGCAUUGGACGCAAAGGGAGGACCGGCACAGCCUUUGGGAGCAAUCGGCUGUCUUGGAGCCUCAUGCGGGAGCAUGAUGGGAAGCUAGCAGCUUGGCACAACAAGAGGAAGACACGACUGAAUGCCACCAUGUCCGGCACCCGCGUGUCCAUAUCUCUGGACUACAGAGCUGGCAAGAUCACCUUCUGCGAGGUGGGAGCAGAGCUCACCCACCUGCACACCUUCAACUGCAGCUUCACCCAGCCAGUCCACCUGGGCUUUGGACUCUACAAAGCUGAACUCAGCAGCAGGAUUUCUAUAGUUACGGUGAAAGACAUGUGUAACAAUACGACUGACAAGGCUUUCAGUGACAGUUAGUGCAUUCUUCUCUGCCCUGACCUUUAACAUGAAUUAUGAGAUGUUUAUGAAUAUUUGGACACUGGAUCCUGGAUCAGUCACAGAUUACGGUAAAUAGACAGUAUAGCAAAUGUACAUUUGACUGAACAUUGUCACGUAGAAAAGCAACGUCAGCAUGGAUGUUUAUUUGUAUGAACGGAAAGAUGUGA